AUGGGUCUGUCUUCAUGGGUGAACGCCGAGGGAGUGCUGGCUGCAGCCACCGAUCCGAAGCGGUUGACAGAGAUUGCCGAAGAGCUUGCCACGGAAGAAGAGAAGGCCUAUUCCCAGUACCUCAUUGCGAGGCAAAAGGAUGAAUUGCUGCUUAAGCCCAAUCCCCGGAGAUGGGUGUUGAUGCCCAUUCAGUACAAGGAAGUGUGGGAUAUGUAUAAGAAGGCGGAGGCCUCUUUUUGGACAGCCGAGGAGAUCGACCUACACAGGGACUUGGUAGACUGGGAAAGUCUGAACAAGGAUGAGCAGCACUUCAUUAAGCAUGUGCUUGCCUUUUUCGCUGCAAGUGACGGAAUCGUCAUGGAAAACUUGGCCGAGAGGUUCAUGACGGAAGUACAAAUACCGGAGGCGCGCAGUUUCUAUGCAUUCCAACUUGCCGUGGAGAACAUCCACUCCGAGACAUACAGUCUUCUGAUUGACAAUUACAUCCGCGACGAAAAGGAGAAGGAACACUUAUUCAACGCAAUUAGUAGCAUUCCCGCGGUGGCUGUAAAGGCGGCGUGGGCCGCUAAAUGGAUCAAUAAGACCAAAUCCUUUGCGGAAAGGCUUGUUGCUUUCUGCUGCGUAGAGGGAAUUCUCUUUUCAGGAUCCUUCUGUGCCAUAUAUUGGCUCAAGAAACGAGGACUGAUGCCCGGUUUGACUUUCUCAAACGAGCUUAUAAGCCGCGAUGAGGGUCUGCACGCUGACUUCGCCUGCUUGCUGUACUCGAUGCUGGAAAACCAGCUUUCCGACGAUGUGCUGAGGCGGAUCGUCUCGGAGGCUGUGGAGGCUGAAAAGGCAUUCAUCUGUGAUGCACUGCCCUGCGACCUGAUCGGAAUGAACAGUGCCCUCAUGGCACAAUACAUCGAAUUCGUUGCGGAUCGGCUCCUCACAUGUCUUGGCUCUGACAAGAUUUUCAACGCUAGGAAUCCCUUUGACUUUAUGGACCUGAUCUCUCUCCAAGGUAAAACCAACUUCUUCGAGAAGCGCGUCGGUGACUACCAAAAGGCCGGCGUGAUGGUACAAAACAAGGAAGAGCAACAGUUUUCUCUCGAUGCUGAUUUCUAA